AUUACAAUUCCUUUCGAGUAUAAUCUAAAUCCAUUUGUCGUUUUGGCGCGGAUAGUUUGUGUGUUACUUUGUGGAAAACAAAGCACACAAGGUAAUAAGUUCGAGUUGCACAAUGUUGGCUCGACGAUUGUUGACACUAAGACAAUUCACUCGUUUCAGCAGCGUUCUGGCACAACCCAGUGGAGCCCAGACCUCCGAAUCUUUUCCUAUUCGUUCGGACUGGACACUUGAACAAGUUGAAAAUGUAUACUGUCAGCCACUUUUAGAGUUGAUCUAUCAAGCUGCCACUGUACAUCGCCAGUAUUUUGAUUCUACUCAAGUACAACAGUGUACCUUGUUGAGCAUUAAGUCAGGUGGAUGUCCUGAAGACUGCAAGUAUUGCUCACAAUCAAGUCAUCACAAGACUUUUGUGAAAGCAGAGCCGUUGAUGCAGAAACAAGAAAUUUUACAAGCUGCUAAACAAGCAAAGGAAUCUGGAAGCACUCGCUUUUGUCUGGGUGCUGCGUGGAGAGGAGUUUCUCAAGUAGGAAAUCGUCAGUUUGAACGUAUUUUAGACGUAAUAGGUGAAAUUCGUUCCAUGGGCUUGGAAGUAUGCGCCACUCUUGGUUUACUUACCAAAGACCAAGCUUUGAAGCUAAAAGAAGCGGGUCUCACGGCGUACAAUCAUAAUCUGGAUACAAGUAGAGAGUUUUAUCCUAAGGUUAUAUCUACGAGAACCUUUGAAGAUCGCCUCAAUACGUUGCAAAGUGUUAGAGAUGCUGGUAUUUCUGUUUGUUGUGGAGGCAUUUUAGGUUUGGGAGAAACAGACGAGGAUCGCAUAAGUUUAUUGCAUACUUUGGCAACUAUGCCGAAGCAUCCUGAGUCGGUUCCAGUUAAUGCUUUGGUUGCAACCAAAGGAACUCCGUUAGAAGAUAUGAAGCCGGUUUCUGUUUGGGAAAUGUGUCGAAUGAUUGCUUCAGCUCGCAUUCUUAUGCCGUCUUCUAUGGUUCGCUUAAGUGCUGGUCGAAUUUCUCUAAGUCCUGCUGAGCAAGCCUUGUGUUUCCUUUCUGGAGCAAAUAGUAUUUUUACUGGCGAAAGACUUUUAACCACUCCAAAUAACGAAUUUGCACAAGAUCAGAUAUUGUUCCAGACUUUGGGUCUCAGAGGGAAACCUCCUUUUUUCCCUAUGGACAAGGAAGCUACGGAAAGUAAGAAGCAGCAGAUAGGAAAUAACUAUCAGAGUUGUGCCUCAGCUACGCCGUUGUAAGACACUUUUUGAUAAUAAAAUUAUUUUGAAUAUUGCUGAUUAAAUUUGUUUUUGGAAAA